CGUCGGCACUGCCGGGUAUAAAAGCAGCCGGGCCCGGGGUGCGAUGAGAUAUGGUUGCGGUGUACUAUGGAGGUUGGAGCUCUGCGCUGCGGCUGCCCGCUUUCAGUGCCGCUGUCCCCGCGGGGCUGCCCCUGCGUUCCGCACGAUUCUGCGCCCUUCGCUUCUCUCUCCUCCUCUUCUUCGCCCCGCCGCUCAGCGCCCUUCUGGAGGCCGUGGGCGCCCGGCCCCGCCGCGGCGCGCAGUCCCCGCGGGCUGGCCGAGGCCUCUGGAAAGCCGGCUCAAUACGCGCACCCCGUGAGACUGUUUUGGCCCAAAUCAAGGUGCUAUGAUUACUUGUAUCAGGAAGCUGAGGCACUUCUGAAAAACUUUCCUGUUCAAGCUACGAUUUCUUUUUAUGAAGACUCAGACAGUGAGGAGGAUGAAGGUGAACUGGAGCAACAUGCAAGAACAGAAUCACAUUGCUGAUGGCAAGAAAGGCCAAUCGAGACUACUUCUAUUAAACUUAAUAUAAAAAAUGUAUUACAGUAUUUUUAAAGAUAAUUUAUAUGUAUAUAAGUUAUUCUUAAUAAAAUUGGAAUGUUUUAUAAUUUUA